AUGGGCUGUUCCCCAUCAAGGGGAAAUAUUAACUUCAAUGGAGUACAAGGACCAUUCGGCAGAGGGAAGACAUUGUUGCCGUGGAAUAAGGAGAACCCAGUGGAUUCGCAGUCUGAUGAUGGAGGAAGUGAAAGCUCAGGUAGUGGAGAGACAGAUGGAGAAGCUUGUGAGAUCAGGACGGAAAGAGAAAAAAGACUUAACGCUAAUGGUGAUACAGUUUCUGCACCUGUAGUCAAGAAACCUCCUAACACAGAGUCAGGAGGGGCAAAAGUUACCUCAGAAAAGGACAUUACUGUAAAUGUAUCCCAACAAUCAAAAGAGGAACUUGUGAAAGGACAGGAUGCUAAAAAAGAUGUCACAAAGAGAACCAAGAAGUCAAAAAGGACUCACAAAAGUACUAAAUCAAUCAAGAAGAAGGAUAAGGGGCAGAAGGUGGACUUCCCAGAACCACUUGUAAAGGCUCACAAAGCGGCAUAUGACUACCUUAACCCUAGUAUUGACAAAUACGAUUUGCUUUUAGGGUUGUUAGAUCAUGCAGCCCAGACUCGCAUUUCUUUGCAACCUAUGGUGGCAUUUAUGGCUCUGCGCUAUGAAGAAUUUAACAAAGGACUUGAGCAAAUGGUCCAGGAAGGGGAGAAGCUUUUGAAAGACAAUGGAGAACAUCUGGCAUGGCCGUGCGAUAUGACAAAUCUUUCAACAUCUAGUAAGCCCACUUCUUCCCAACCCCCACCGGACUUACUGCAACAACUUCUUCAGUACACCGUUCAGAGGAAGCGCACUGUUGGCGAAUCCAUACGUAGUAUCGGUGACAUAGCCCUCGAGGAAGCGGUGGAAUAUUUCUCAUCAAUAUCUGAAAUUCUGGAGGAGAAACUGAAUGCUAAACAUGCGAUCGAAGCCAGGCUAAUGCAAGUGCUGACAAGAAUUGAAGCUGCCUCGGUACGAAGACCCGGAACACAGGACUCAAUGUUGUUUAGUGAGGACAGUGGCAUUGGGGCUGAUAAUGAAUCGCUGGGAGGAUCGGACUUGCAGAGGCAUCGUAGAGAAAGUUGUGAGUCAGCUAGAUCCAGUCGUACAAUUCUUUGCAGUUCUGAGGGCAUUGCACCCAGAAAUCAGGGCACACCCAAGAAUCAACGUACCAAAGAAAUGAGCCGCAGUGGUUCUAUAAGCUCUAUAGACUCCACUUGUACCAUUAUUGGUGAAGAAUUUAGAGACAUGGAAUCAUUGCUUGGGUCUGCCUUUUUGGAUGAUGGUGAGGAAGAAGAGGAAAAAAAACAAUACAAGGGUAAAACAAAGGUCUCUUCAACCUGUCCUUCCCCUGACUCUAACCGUCAACCAAGGCGUCUGCCUGUAAUGCGAAUAGAGAACCCACAAAAUGUAGAAAUGACAUUAAAGAUGAAAGAUGCCAUUAGUGAUAAAAUACACUUUGUUGCCUCUCAGAAAGGACUCACAAAAAUAGAGCCCAAAAAUAGAAUCUUAAAAACCAAUGACCGACAGUGGACUGACGAGCAAGAAAAAAGCCCUAAAAGACCACAAACAGCCGCUCAACAAUCAUCGAACAAAAAGACAACCGUUACUAAACAGCGUCGUUCACGGUCAGCAGACUCUCUCCGUGGUAAAGCUGACGACCCUACUCUGCUUGAACUGGAAAGGACACAAAAGGAGUUGGGUCAGAAGUUGGAAAGAAUGGGAAAGGUCAGAAUGGAGCGAAAUAUAAAAAAAGACAUCGUCAAGCAAGUACAAGGAAAGCAAACACAGACUGGUGUACCCAUAGUUCCUAGUUCUUCCAAAAAAACCCUCAGUUUAAACAAUCAGAGAAGGGCGGUAAAUGAAAAGACAGCUAUAAAGCAGGGGGGUGUAAAGGAACCUGAGGAGAUCAAACCUGCCAAGAAACCUGUUAAGGCAACACCACCUCCAAGCCCUCCACAAUCCCCCCGACAGUAUUCGGGAAUGUGUCGCAGAGGGAACUCUGUCAAGAAACUGAUAGACACGUUCAGUCAAGGAACCGAGACAAGUAAACAGAACCUUUCCAGUGAUAAGGUGCUUGGACCCCUUAAAGGAGUUAGAAAGUGUGGGGUACCCAUCAUUCCAGGUUUACCAGUUAAAGAUACUCUAUUUUACAAUAACAAUUUAAACACGAACAACCAAGGAAAAUCCAGAACCUUUGAGAGGACGGAUGAUUUUGACCCGGACAACCUACCACCACCACCUUUGGAAGUCCUCAUGGAUAAUUCCUUUGAAAAUAUAGAAGUUAGCAAAACAGAUGAAGGCAUAUCCAGCAGGGGUCGUUCGACCUGUUCGAAGAUGACUAGCAUAUCUCAAAGACUUCGUGCUUCUAUGCAAUCAGUUGCAGUCCUACCUAGCAAAGGAAGUCUGAGAAGGACCUCUCACAGUAUAUCACCUGCACGAAGUGUUGCAGGGGAACAGACUGACGUGCUUAAAAAAAUUCCCAUUGUUUCCAAGCCUGAGGAAGAUUCAAGUAAUGAAGAGGCUGCUCGUACUCUUUACCAACAAGCUAGGAAAAUUAUCCACCUGAGACACUCAACUGAUUCUCUCGCAGAGAAACCUACAGCUGACCCUGACCCCAUAAAGUAUGAUCCCAUUCGAACCAAUGCAGAAAGAAAACAGGGGGACCAAUUGAUCCCUGAAGCUCUGCCUUCCACUGCAGCAAGUGGUAUUCAACCAUCUGACACUCCACCUGCAUCCAAAACCAGGAUGCUACCCUCUACACCGAUUUUACACAGGAGAUUACUCAGUCCUCCUGUAUUUAAAAAACAGCCAAACUCAUCAAGUCCACUUCGCAAACUUCCCACCCCUCCAUCAGCCAAUCAAUGGUCACCUUCUUCAACUCCUGUCAUGCAGCAAGAAGUCACCCCCAGCCCUGUUUCUGGAAAUACUUUCCCCUUUAAAGCACCAUCUCCCCCUGCCUCACCAAAAGUGCAGCGACGAUUUAAAGACAACAACACUGAGGACUUUGUUUCUAAAUCGUUCAGCAAUGCUCGUUCGGUAUUUUGCCCAGCAUCACCGUCUUUGUUUGAGGCACAGCCAAUUCCUGCACCCAAGCCUCCCCAGGCAUGGACCUCCUCUGGGAGCAGCAUCCUCCCUCGCCCCUGGGGUGAGCAGAAUAGGCUGUCUAUGGCUGUGCGAGGACCCCAGCCUUUCAUUCGGCGAAGUCAGUCUGACAGGAGACCCAGUCUCAGAAUUCCACCUAGGGCACCGGUGGUAUCUAUAGCGCAGACAUGCGGAAGUGAACCAGCUCUCAGUAGCCAAGGACUGGAGGAUGGACCAAUCAGCAAAGCAGAAGCCUGGAACGAGCUGCCAGAGCUCAGAGGAACAAAUCGCUCAGCCUCUCACCCGGACCUUUGCGUUGUGGGUCAGGCCUUACAAUGUGAAUGA